AUGGCCCGACUCGGUGGUUUGCUGCUUCUGGUCGCCGGUGCAUUGCUUGGCAGCCACGUUUCCACGCUGCUCUUUGCCAAUGCCCCAACUCAGAGCCUUCGCAGCCAAACUGCAACCAGGGCAGUGGACGAGCGAGAUGAGGGAUUGGUGCUGAUCAAGCCAGAGGAGACCGGCAAGGUCGUGAAGAGGGACAAGUUCAACAACCCUCCACGAGUGGUGUUCAAGACCAACGACUGGGACCAGCCUGAGAUUCAGUACAGCACAGGGGCUAGCAAUCAGGUCAACUACAUCACCCCAGUUGUCCAGUCUGAUGACAUCAAAGCAUGGCUGUCCUUGAACGUGAACUUCUUCUCCUUCAUUGCCCUUUUCACCGUAGGUGGUAUCAUUGAGAUCCAGCGCUUCUUCCCUGACACCCUCUACUGGUGA